CGGGCUGUGUGACCGGCGCUGUCUGCAGGAACUGGUUUGCUGCCGCCAGGGCCAGGCGUCAGCCCAAGGCCACCUCACCAGCCUCCCGUGGGGCGACGAUGGGCAUCCCGAGCCAAUGGGAGUGCCACCCUCUUCGUGUUCAGUGACUUAGUCCUGCUCCCAUGCCUGCCAGGUCAUGAUGAUAGUUGGAGGAGGAGGCAGUGCCCAGGUCCAGGGGGAUGUCAUGUGGUUCCUGGGGCCCCACACGCCCUGGUGAGCAGGGGAGCACUGGGAGGCUCCCUCACUAGGGCCUCCAUUUAGUUCAAGGACAAGAGACCGGGAGUUGGAGGUGUGUUUCCUGAUUGAUGCUGGCAGCGUCCGGCCCGCUGAUCUCAGUUACCCCUCCUGCCUCUACAUCUACACUCAGUACAGCUGCCAGGUGGUCGAUGGGAGAGAAAGCUCUCAGAUUGCAGACGGAUACAUGAAGGCCCGAGGGGCACCUGCACCGCCUCCACUUCCUUGGACCGGCCGCCGCGUGGGCCCAAAGCCCGGUGUUGGCCCUGGGACGCCGUUAAUGUAAUAAAUUGAGGACAAUGACUCCUAUGAGUGAUGGGGGGGCAUCAGAAAGCAUCUUCGACCUGGACUACACGUCCUGGAAGAUCCGCUCCACGCUGGCGGUGGCUGGCUUCGUCUUCUACCUUGGAGUCUUUGUGGUCUGCCACCAGCUCUCGUCCUCCCUGAACGCCACCUACCGCUCUCUGGUGGCCAGAGAGAAGGUCUUCUGGAACCUGGCGGCCACGCGCGCCGUCUUCGGCGUUCAGAGCACUGCUGCGGGCCUGUGGGCCUUGCUGGUGGACCCCGUGCUGCACGCCGACAAGGCGCGCGGCCAGCAGAACUGGUGCUGGUUUCACAUCGCAACGGCAACUGGAUUCUUUUUUUUUGAGAACGUAGCAGUUCACCUGUCCAAUGUGCUCUUCCGGACAUUUGACUUGUUUUUGGCCAUCCACCAUCUCUUCGCCUUUCUGGGAUUUCUUGGCUCCGUGGUCAACCUUGGAGCCGGCCACUAUCUGGCUAUGAGCACGCUGCUUCUGGAGGCGAGCACUCCCUUCACCUGCAUUUCCUGGAUGCUCCUAAAGGCUGGCUGGUCCGAGUCUCUGUUCUGGAAGCUGAACCAGUGGCUGAUGAUCCACAUGUUCCACUGCCGCAUGGUGCUGACCUACCACAUGUGGUGGGUGUGCUUCUGGCACUGGGACGGGCUGGUCAGCAGCCUGUACCUGCCACACCUGGCACUGUUCCUCGUCGGGCUGGGCCUCCUCACGCUCGUCAUCAAUCCCUACUGGACCCAUAAGAAGACGCAGCAGCUUCUCAAUCCAGUGGAUUGGAACUUCGCGCAGCCGGCACCCAGAAGCAGCCGGCCAGCUGGGGCCAACGGUCAGGUGCUACAAAAGAAGGGACAGUAGCCACCGGGAGCCUGGGACCGCAGAGCGCGGCGGCCUGUGCGCGUGGGCUCCUGCAGGCGAGGCCCUGAGUGCUCUGUCCAGGAUGGUCUCUAAGUCGGACCAACCGUGUCCUUCGUGUGAAUUUCUAAGUAGCCGCCAAGUGUGUCUCAAGCCUUGGUUUGCCUCUGGGGGCUGGGGGGCGGGUCUUUGCCAUCACAAGUCUGCUGUCCACUGUGCUUUGUUCCUGCACGCCUCAGCGUGUGGGGCCCUGAGGAGCACCACAGAGGGGAUCCUGGGCAGACGCCAGGCCACCUGCCCGGGAGGAGGGGAGCGCCCUCUCUGGGAUGCUGUGGUGGCCGCCAGCCUGCUCUUUCCCGUCACACGGUCAGCGUGCGGGGGAGCUUGUCCAGUCAUGCUGUCCUUCCUCGUGGGGCAGAACUGCCCCAAGCUACAAGGCGGUCCCAUCCGUGCCCCCCCCCCCGGAGUGUCCCGUGUGACGCGUGCAGUGCCGUGUGCAGCAGUGCAUCUGGUGGGGGCACAUGCAGACAGCUAGGGGGACGCACGGCCCCGGACCGGACCCAGCCCGACCAGAGUGUUCGUGACGGCGAGGCCCAUGGGCUUCAUGGGUCAGGGGACCUGUGGGAAAACAAGAGGUGUGUGUUCAUACGCUAUGGCUCACUUGGCAAAAUAAGGUAGAAAAGUUUUGGUGAUUGGAUUUUUCUGGACCAAAGGACCAUUUUUAAAAGACUGAGUCGCUGUUGGGCUUCCCAAGCAGACCCUUGUUCUGUGGCUGGUGUUUCUGUGGGCUUCACGCCCAGGCAGUGGCCGCUUCCCGCGGUGCUCCAAGGGGCUCGGCGGCAGGGCUUGCGGUCCUGGCUUGCUCUGCAGCAGCCCUUGCUGGGUGCCUAAUAGGGGUGGGGGGGUGGGGGUGCAUCCCGAGGCGGUUGCCUUCGCCACGCCGCGCCUCGUGGAAGUCACAGCCACCUGGCAUGUAUGCUGGGUGACACAGGCACCCCCUUCCAAAGGCUCGCUGAGGCCUUUCUGCCUUUCCCAGAGACCUGUGUGUGUACAGUCACGUGUUCCAGGGAAGGGAGCACCCUCCAUGGGUUUCCAUCACGCAGCGAGAACAGGCACAGAGUAGGUCUGCAGAGUGCUGCAGUGAGAACCUUAGGGGAGCAGGGGUCAUUUCGGCUCACGACCUGUGGGCUGCGGGGGGUGGGGGGGAGACCCGCACAGUUUUAUUCUAGCCAUGAUCAUGCAAUUAAAACUAAAAGUUUAUUUUUUAUUUAAAUCCCCUUUCAUGUGUUUGCAAAAAACACGUGUUUAUUGGUCACAGAGAUGCCUGACUUGUGCUUGUCACAGAACACGGAGCUCUCACAGUGAUGUGUCUUCCGUGCUGCUGCUUAGACUUUAUUGAUCAUGCUUAGUUACAGAUGUGCAAUACCUAUUUAUCUCCCCGUAAGAAGUCAUUUAGAUCUCAGCCAUACCCAGUGUGCCGCGUCCCUGCCAGGACUGCUAGCAGGAGACCCUGCGGCCUGUAGUCCUCCCCAAUCUCGUGGAACAGAGAUGGCUGGCAUUUCUGAUGGGAUGGAAAUGUAAUAAAAUAGUUUAUAUUUAUGGACCCAGAA